CCUGCUAAACACACUCAGUCAGUUUGAUCUCAGUCACUUAAGCCAAGCAACCCACUCGCACCGUGCCAAAGAAAUGACACAAACAUUGUGACCAUUUCACUUUCAAAUAGUUUCUUAAACCACUCGGAGUGAUUCUUUCUCAAAAUAUUGUGAUCAAACGGAAACCACAAUGUUAGUGAAAGUGUUGCCGUUUUUCACCUUCUUCUUGGCGAUUUGUUCGGCGAAAGUGACUCCAAAAGUAAAAUGCACUCCCGAGCUGAUGAGGGUGGAGAUUCCCAUUUCGUCGUCAACGAAGCGCGUCUACCUGGGCAGUUUACGGGACUACCCCGACCCCGCCUGCAGGCCCUACACGGACCCCUCGGGAACUCUGGCGGUGUUGGAGCUCAACCUGACUGAUGUUUAUCGAUGUGCCGUCACCAGAGUCGUCAACAAGCAGACGGGCAAGCAAAUUUAUUACCAAACAUUAGUGAUAGAAUCCUUGGAAAAUGUGGAAGGAGUGUCGAAAGAGAUCCAGGAAACCCUCCACGUAAAGUGUUCCUUAUUUUCCUCAAGGAAUCAUUCGAUAACCCGACGAGACGUGCUACCUGCGGGAUUCCAAGAAGCCGAGGACGCCGACUUACAAUUUAUGAAUAUAUCCGAAUCUCGAGCUCCCGACCCGAUCUUGGGAGUGGGAGUGCGCCAAGCCGGGAAAUUGGUUACAGGAGAAUUGAACGUUUCUCCGGGAACUCCUCUCCAAAUGGAGAUUUUCCUGGAUAAAGCCUCUGCACCUAUUUAUGGUCUCUUAGUCACACAUAUGCAAGUCACCGACACGAAUGUCCAAGAAGAAACAAUUAUCUACAAUGGGUGUUCCGUCGAUCCGUAUUUAUUCGAAAACUUCAACACAGUGGACGGUGACUUUCUAGCCGCCAAAUUUCGAGCUUUCAAAUUUCCCGAAUCGACUUAUGUCCAGUUUAAAGGAACGGUCAACGUCUGUCUCGACAAGUGCAAAGGGGUGGAGUGCAGCGACGGCCAAAUCGGCUACGGGAGAAAGAGACGAGCCAUUUCCUCAAAUCCCAGCAGUCCUAACGGCUUAUUCGAAAUAACCAUCACGUCGUUCAUAAAAGUCGAUUAUGAAGAGGGAUCAGAAAACUUGAAAGACCUAAUCGAAAACCAGACAGUGAUGUACAAUAACAAGAUGCUGAUAGUUGGCAAUCAAAUGACGGAUAAUCGGAGGUUUUAUAAAACCGUCGAUGACAACAACUUAAAAAGCUUAGAGAGCAAAGAAGAGCGCUCUUAUACUUCCAUUGUGGCCGAGAAUUCCUCGUCGGCGCGCAAUUUCGAUCUAGCUCUAAUUUCGCUUUUAGUUUUAUUCAGAUUGUUCUUGUAAAUAGGUGCAGAAACGAAUUGGAAUAAUUGCGAUGUAAAUAUGUCUGUGAUAAAAACAUUCUUCAUAUAGGAUCAUCUGCACAGUGAUUGUCAGCGAAAUUACGAGAGGAUUUGUAAAAAUGCAAUACUAAUUUAAUUACUGCCAGCUUAAUUUAAUUAACAUGACGGCCAUUAAUUUUAUCAAGACGAAAUCAACGAUUCGUGAGAAAGUUGCAUGUAAUUAUAUUUUCGAACAUAAAAUUUAUUACGUGCAAAUACCGAGAAUUUUUAAUGAACCAGCUUCUAAAAUAUUGAGUCUUAACUGUAAUAACAACUAUUUUUAAAUUAAUAUUAAUUAUUUAACUAGUCUGUAUUUUGAAUAAAUUCUCUAAUUUUA